AUGGAAUUUAAAAAAUUUAAGUCAAUUACGGAAUUAUUAGAAUUUGAAAAAAAAGAAAGUUUAAAAAAAGUCGAGAUAGAAAGCUUUAAUGAAGAUAAAGAGGGUAGUUUAGAAUUACUUUUACCAAAGAAUAUCGAGUCAUUGGUCUGUGACAAAUGCUUUAUUAAAACCAUUCCAUCAUGGUUAAAGUCCAUCGAAAUUUCCACAUAUCCAACUUCUGUUAGUGAAUCAAUGUUUAAUAAUACACCAAACUUAAAAUCAUUAACCGUUUUUUGCUAUGAUGGAUAUAUUACAAAAUUCCCAGAAUCACUUACAGAGUUAUAUUUAUUCGAAUAUUUCAAUAAAAUGGAUAAAAAUACCUUCCCAAAGGGUUUAAAAAAAUUAACUCUUCAAUGCACACUUAGAAAGGGUCAAACUAUUGAAAGUAAAGAAGUUUUGCCAGAAUCUUUGGAAGAAUUAGUUGUAUGUGAUUAUAGCGGUUCAAUUGAUUUAGAUCUCGAAGUAUUACCAAGCAAUUUACAAAAGUUAACCAUUGAACAGGGUUUCUCAAUUGAAAAAGAAUUACCAAAGGGACUUAAAGAAUUAAAUAUUUCAGUCUCACCAAAUUAUCAAUUAAAACCAAACCAUUUACCACCAAGUUUAACAUCUCUUACUUUUAUUAAUGGUUUUAAUAAUAAUCAACAACCAUUAAUCGAAUCAAAUAUUUUCCCAAGUACAUUAACCUAUUUAAAUUUAGGAACCGAUUUUAAUCAAUCUAUUGGCAAUGAAACAUUACCAUCUGGUCUUACACCAGUUUUUAAAUCAGCUAAAUAA